CGCCGCCGCCGCCGCCGCCCGGCGCCGCCCGGUCCAGUACGAGCCAGAGCGGCGCGCGGUGAGGGGUGGAUCAAGCGGGGCGGCCGAAAGGGAACGACCAGAUCGGGACGGAGCGGACGGCGUGGAGGGAGCGACGCGGUGGGAGGCCUGAGUGGAGGACCGCCAACGCGACGGGAAAGCGGUGAGGAUCUGUUGAGAGAGGCGACACAGACCGGCCUCGCCAUGAAGGCGAUCGUGGUGGAGCAGGCAAAAAGUGAGAAGCUUAGCGUGGACCUGAAGGCGGCCCGCAAGAGCAGCUUCGACUCGGAGGAGGUUCAGAUGUACCUCAACAAGCUGACGCACCUGGUGCCCAACGCGCCCAAGCAUCGCAAGCUCAGCAAGCUGGAGGUAAUCCAGUGCGUCAUCGACUACAUCUGCGACCUCGAGGACACGCUGAUGGCGAGACAGGUCAAGCCCAACACCGUCCUCAGUGAAAAGCAGAACACCCUAUACCCUAGCGAGGCGCCGGCGGCCGAGCGCCAGUCUUGAGCUGCCCUGACGUCACUCACCAACAAUGGCGUCACCGGUCGUGACGUCAGCCGUGAGCUCCUGUGACGUCACCCACGAACAUCCGUGGUUGCAACCAAGACCGGUCGUGAGCUGUGGUGACGUUACCGACGGAGAGCCGUGACGUCAGCCGGGACUUCGCCCGGUCGUGACGUCCGUCGUGAGCGCUCUGAGGCCAUCGUGAGCCGCCGUGACGUCCACCACCAGCAGCCGUGACAUCGAUCGUGACCCGAAGCCGUUACGUCAGACGUGCGCGGCGUGACGUCACGCGGCCAUGGCUGCCGUGUGAUGGGUCACGCCGUGCGCGUGCGGCGCCAUCCGUGGUCCGCAGGCGGCGGCUCGUCCCGUUUCCUUUUUAUUGGGAAACAUCCGGCUGACAGCUGGCGGCUGGUGGGGGAGGGGGAGGGGGCUGCACGUGCAGGCGCCCCCGCCCCGCGACCAAACACACAUCACCGGCCGUGGACGGAACGCGGCCGCAUGUGCACAUGUCCGCAACGGCAGCCAGCCGCCGGGGGAGGGGGAGGGGGGGGGGGCGAGAGAUGCACGUGCAGCAGUUGUCCCCCAACGAGCAGCUGUCGGCGCGAGGGGCGUGGGCGGUGUUGUGCCCUCCCCUCCCUGCGGCCGGUAGCCGCGGCCGGCUGCCGCAGCCAGCAGCAGAUUGGCCUACUCAGACGCCGGAUCUUGUCAAGUGCAUUACGUAGCUGCAUCGGUUUACUAGAGUACUCCCGACUGUGAUAGUAGCCCAUGGGACUGGCGCCGCUGCCAGACGGGGCCGUCCCUGCAGAGAUGGGUCAGUACAAACUAAUGACUAGACGGUGGGGUGCGUCAUUGCAUGAGUCUGUGUGCGCGUGCGUGAUCUUCGUAGAGUGACUGCGCCAUCCUCCUGGGGAAUUAUAUCGAAUCAGAGGUAUAACGCAUCGGUGAAUGGUGCCCGCAGUUGGACUGAAUGCGGUCUUUGGUACGUCUUGUAUAUUAAGUGAUGCUUCAAUCAUAAUUAUUGAAUGUGUGCUAAUUAUCACCGUCUUGCGGCUGGUCUACAAUAUCUCGUGAAGAAUAUAUAUUAUAUCAAAAUA